CGGAGUCGGUCAUUCUCUGCAUUACGUCACGACGUUCCAGCGCAGAGGAGUUAGGGAACAGCCAAGUCGUGAGGGGGUGGACUGUACCAUUCCGCUCACCAGAGUGGGGGGGAGAUGCAGACAGACGGGUAACCUACUGCAGCAGGGUGCCGUAUCCCUGCCUGCUGCCCUCAGGGGCGCUGUUGAGCCCUUGUUUGUACUGAGCAGAGGGCUGCCCGGGUGUGGAGGGACCAGGGCACUAAGCCCUUCAUGCACCAGCUGCACUGGGCAAGGGGCCACUUGGGGGUGCGCACCAGGAUUUUGGCCCCCUGGACAGCUGCCCCUAUGGGCACACCAGUCCUGGCUGAUUCUGCUGUGAGGCGGGAGGGAUACGCCUUGGGCGUCCCCUUGGUUUUUUCUAUGCAUUAAAUAGGCUGCCAGGUCCUUGGUCCUGCCCUCAAGGACCUCCGGGUUGUAGGAGCAUGCAGGUGCACCAGCCUUCGCCUUUUAGGGCCCUGCCACACGUUCACAUGAAGGCUCAACACUUCGCCAGCAGGUUGGGAUGUUUAGUUUGUGACAGACGGGAGGCAGAACAACAGAAGCUAAGUUAGUGAUUUUUGCUUAGAGUGCAGUGCCCCAAAAUGCUGAGAGGAAUUCCUCAGGGUGCCAAAGACUUAUUUACACUUUUGCUGGCUAGAUCUCAGCACUGCAGCCCACGACUGACACGCUCGUUCCUGUGGAAUAAAGAAUGGCAUAGAUGCUUUUUACCACAUUUCAGUUAUACAGCUGAUAUAAGAUCAAAAGAAGAAAACAAGAAAACUGUGGAGAAUUUGAAUAGCUUAUCAGUUGAUAUCAAGAAGAUUCGCAGGCUAAAAGAAUGGGUCCUUUUUCAGGAUGUAACGUAUGUUAAAGAAAUUGCUGGUAUUUUACAAGAAAUGGGCGCUGAUGAUGCUACCAUUGCCAAUGUUUUGGAACGGUGUCCUGAGGCAAUUCUCCGUAGGCCAGUAGAGGUAAAUUCACAAAGAGAUCUGUGGCAUUCAAUAUGGCAAAAUGAAAAGCAGCUGGUAAAAUUAAUAGAACAAUUUCCAGAAUCUUUUUUUACUGUUCAACACCAUGCGAACCAGAAAGCUAACGUUCAGUUCUUUCAAGAGUUGGGACUCAAGAAAAAUAUAAUUGGCAGACUCUUGACAAGUGCACCCUCUAUUUUUCAUAGGCCUGUUGAGAAAAACAAGCAUAUGAUAGAGACGUUACAAAGAAGUUAUCUACAUUUAGGCGGUUCUGAUGCCAACCUGAAGGUCUGGCUACUGAAAUUAUUAAGCCAAAAUCCAUUUGUUUUGUUAAAUAACUCCGCAGCUGUCCAAGAGAACCUGGAAUUUCUCCAGAAGAAAGAUUUCACGGACACUGAAGUUUUACAACUGCUGUCUAAGCUUAAAGGGUUUAUAUUUCACCUUACCCCUAACACAAUGCAGAAGAGCAUUUCUUUCUCCAAAAAUGUUUUUAAAUGUAGUGAUCGAGAACUAAAACAGCUUGUGUUAAAAUGCCCUGCCAUUCUCUCUUAUUCUGUUCCAGUUUUAGAAGAAAGACUUGAGGGAUUGUUGAAGGAAGGAAUUUCUGUAAAUCAAAUUAGAGACACACCAGCAGUGCUAGAGCUGACAACACAAAUUGUUCAAUACAGAAUUAAAAAACUUGCUGCUUUACAAUAUGAUAUCAGAAAUGGAAAUCUAGAACACUUGAAUGGUACCAAGAAAGAUUUUGAAGUUACUUACAGUAAGAUACAACUGAAGAGAGAGAGACCAAUGUUUAAUCCUGUUGCUCCUUUAAAUGUUGAAGAGUAAUUCAUGAGUGUCUUCUUUUCAGUUAUGCAAAAGAAAAUAAUCUGGAAAGAGAGAUCUUGAUCCUUCCUUAAAAACCAAAAAGCCAAAUAACUGUAUCCAACUUUAAUUCGGUGACAUGAAGACGUACAGGAGGUGGCUUUGAUUCACAGCUCAGUACUAGUUUUCAAACCACCGGGUAAAAACUGACCAUAUUGAAUAUUAGCUUACUACCCUAUACAUAUUAAAGACCAGCUUUUUAGUAUUUGUCCUAAGCAUAGCCCAUUUUUUAAAAUUUCCUGUACCUAACUGGAGAUCAGUUUUCCUAGGUUUUUUUGUAUUGGCCUUGCACUAUCCAGUCUAUGACAUGCUGAAAGCAGUUACACAAACCACUAGAGCAGUGAUUAUCAACUAGGCUGCCAUGGCACCCUGGGGUGCCUUGAGAUCCUAUCAAGAGUGUCACAGGGCUCUACGCAAUGUUAGGCUUACAAACAUGAUUUACAAGAUAAACUCAGAAGUUUCAAAUAGAAAUCCAGAGUGGUGGUCUUUCUGGGAUCUUUCCAACAGAAAAAAACUGCUCUGUUUUUUCGGUAGCAGAAAAAGCGUGUGAAAAAUAAGAGCUGGCAUUUUCCAAGGGGUGCCUUGAACCUAAAAAGGUUGAGAACCAUUGCACUAGAGGAUGGCAGUGGCCUGCAUUUUCAAUACUAUUUGUCAGUCAACUAGUAAAUAAAAGGCUUUGAGAAAAGUCAAGUAACUACCACUGCAUUAAAGGAGCCACUAGACCCCGUGUGCAAACUGAAGUUGGUAGACUGCCAGAGUAACGGGUACAUAGCUAGAGGGGACACUAAGAGGAAGGGCAAAGACGAUACAGAUACUUUUACAAUGGGUACUCAUUUGACUUGAUUAGGUAUUUAAUAUUGUGAUAAGAAACAGCAAGUGCUACUAGAGCAGUGAUCUGCAACUGUUUUAGAUUCAAGGCACCCCUUGGAAAGUGUCAGUUCUUAGCUUUCACUCAGUUAACUACAGAAAAACAGUACAACAAUUCUUGUAUUGCAAAAUGCUCAGAAAGACCACAAGAGGUCAGAGUAUUUUUUGAUACUAUGGAUUCCUAUUUGAAAUCUCUGGUUUAUCUUGCGACUCGUGUAGGUAUUUGCACACUUAACAGUGCUAAAAUUGUGUGGCACCCCACAACACCCUUUAAAGAAUGUUACAGCAUUUCAUGGUGCUCACAGCAUCCUUCUUGAGGAUCACUUGACUAGGGGGUCUCAAGAUUCUGGGACUUCCAGCUUGCUAGAGAUCUCUUUCUCUGUCCCUUUCUCCAUGCCCCUUGGCUCCUUUCAAAUUCUCUCCUUUCCCUGGUUGAGUUGGAAGGAGAACAGUAUUACAAAGGGAAUCGGCUGAGACAAAGACUUCUGUCUUCCAAAGAACAAAAAAACAAAACAAAACGAAGCCCAAGAAGGAGAACCUGGCCUUGAAUUUUUCUUCAUCAGAGUUACUGCAGCAUGUGUAAACAAGUUAAAACUAAAACAAGAUCUGUUAGGCUAGGUACAGACAUUUACACUUUUAUUGGUAUAAGUGAUCAGAAACCGGUCUAUACAUGUAACAGAACAGAAGUUCAGCAUAUAUAGACUGGUUUAAAAAUGGUGGAACCCAGUUUAAGAUUUGCCCUUCCCCAGCCCCCACUUCCCACCAAAGGGUGAAUGUGUGUUCUGUUCAGGGCUGAUCUAAGCUAUGCCACUUACAGAAAACUGUUUAAUUUGAUUCCACCUCAGGCUUUUCCCCUGUCUGUACCUAGCCUUACAAACAAUUAUCACAGCUAUUUUCUAAAUAUAUGGACAAAUUGGUACAUUAUGUACUACAUUCACAUAAACUGUUGACAAAUAUUGGCCUUUUAAUAGCAACCACUAGGGAGAGUUGUUGAGGGAUGUUUUCCUUUACAAGCUAUAAAAGCAGUGAUGUACAACACAACCAACCAAACUAUUAAAGGUUUUCUGAGAUUACA